GCCUACUGCAGCGGUAAACACGCGUAAUUACAAAUACGGAAAAAUCGAAGCGAAAUUACAAUUACAUGCUUGCCUAGUUACAGUAACAUACAUAAACUAGGCCCCGUGCAAUUUGAGCGAUUAUCGAUAAGACGUUUAGAAAGAAAAAAAUAAGAAAAAUGAGCAUACGUCCCUUAAAGCCACAGCUGCAAGCCAUUGCCAACAAAGAGCUCAAUGAGCCAAACUGUGUGACGCCCGACAUAGAAGCUCUUAAGGAUUGGAUAAGCAAGCAGCCGCAUUUGCGUAGCUGCACCGAUGAUCAGUUUUUGUUGGCUUUUCUGCGGGGCACCAAGUUCAGUCUGGAGCGUGCCAAAGAAAAGUUUGACCGAUUCUAUACGCUGCAGGCGUCCAUACCAGAGGUCUUUAACGAAAGGCGUUUGGUCAACGACGCGUUGGUGCUGGAAAUAGUGCGCUCUGGCAUACUGCUAAAAAUACCGCAGGCUGAGGACGAUGCCGGCCCUUGCGUGUCCAUUAUACGCGUUGGCGCCUACGACACCAGCACAUAUAAAUUUCAGGAUAUUAUACGCGUUGGGUCCAUGUUUGGUGAAAUUAUGAUGUUUGAGGACGACAAUGCCACUGUCACCGGCUAUGUGGAGAUUAUGGAUAUGAAAGGCAUUACGGGCAAUCAUUUGUUUGCUUUGCAGCCAGAACUGCUUCGUAAGUUUGCCACCUAUGCGGAUGAGGCAAUGCCAACGCGUCAGAAGGGCAUACAUUUUAUUAAUGUGCCUCAAGCCUUUGAAACAGGCUUCAAUACGCUGCGCUCUUUCUUUCCGGCAAAGAUUAAAAAUCGCAUUACGGUAAGCUCUGAUCCUGCGGCUAUCUAUGAUAUAGUGCCGCUAGCGCAACUGCCAUUAGAAUAUGGCGGCACCAAUGGCAUUAUACAGGAUAUAAGCAGCGUCAUGGAAACCAAGCUCGCUAGCUAUGAGAAAUAUUUCGAAGCCGCACAACAUUUUGGCGCCAAUGAAAAAUAUCGUGACUUUAGCUAUGCCCAAAGCAAAGGCUCAAUCUUUGGAGCAGUAGGUUCAUUUCGCAAAUUGGAAAUUGAUUAAAGCAAGGCACAACAACAGCAACAAUAGUAAUAAUAAUAAUAAUAAUUACAAACGCAUUAGACAAGCUUAUACUUGGAUUAGAUAAACGAGUUGUAUUAUCAACUAAUAAAUGCUUUGUUUAAUAAUGUAUAUAUUUUGUUUUGUUUUCGCAUAUUUUGGUUUAUUUGUUGUAGAUUUCUCUAUUUACCGUUGAGCCAACAAAUUUGCUGUUUCUUCUAUUUUGCCAACUGCUUUUAGUUCUAUUUAGUAUAAAUUGAAAUUGUUUGUGUGUGUGUGUGUGUGAGUUAGUUAGUAUGCCUGCUCAACGCUCUUAGCCGUAGUUAA